AUGACGCAUGUUAGAGGAUCGGGCUCCCUCACCUUUGUCCCCUUUCCCCACCCACACGGCGCCGCGGCUGACCUCCACCUUGCUGGCUGGCCGCCGUCUCUCUGCGCGCCCAGCUCCAGCCCCCGCCCCCGCCCCCGCCUUGCCUCUCCGCGCUCUCCCUGGCCACCGCGCCGUCCACGCCGACUCGCCCCACGACGACCACCGCGCCGUCGCUCCCCCCUCAUCUUGAAUGCCGGCGUGGUGGCGCGCCACCGGGAGCUGCGCCUCCAGCCACCAAGAUGGUCACCCGGAUCGAUUCACCUCCAGCGAGAAGCCGGGAAGCAGGGGAGCGCCACCCACCACGCAGCAGCAGCAGCAGCAGCAGAUGAAUUUCCACUUAGGAUUAGUCGGGCUGGAUUUCAACAAGCCACUACUCCAAUUUUAUUAAGCCAGUACCCCAAUUCCAAGAUGAUCCAGUAUACUGAAAAACACCAAGUGGAAAUUGCAUGGCUGUUUGACUUAGCAUGCCCGGAUGUUGCCAAGAGGCAAGGAUUGUUCGAAGCAACACCAACACAUUUUAUUCUUCAUGACAUGCACAUACAUGCCAACAUGCCUGAUUACCAACGCUACUGCAUCACCAUUGCUUCAGUGUGUAGCCUCAUCUCUGAGUACGAGGUGAUCCACACCUAUUGUUUACUUGACAUUAUUGGUCACAGGUCUUUGUUGGCUGCUUUCUUGGCAUUGCCGUGGGAUCCUGGACAGCAAACAAAUGCUGGUACCAAAUACCUCUCAGUUGUUCAUGGACUUCAGUUGAGUUGAAAGCCUGGUCUCCAUCGUCGCGGCAUGUUCCUGGUCAACAUUACAUGUGGCUGAUGAUUUGGGGGAUAACUGACGACAGACCUAUUACUGCAUGUUCGGUUAUGCUACAGACCACUGAAUUUUGUUCCACAGAAGUGAGCUCAUGGAAGAUAUCUGGUUUCAAUAUCAUUAUCAGUAUCCAAGCUGACUACUGCUAUGCGUGCUCUGUUCCUGACAAUACAUAUCUGCAAUCCAUGGCCGAGUGCUCUCCUGCUGAGAUAUGCUGACUUGGGUUCCAGGUGACAGUGUAUGGAUUCCUGUUGCAUAUGUUGUUGUUACCGAUGGCGUAUGGACCGUCAAGUGCUUCUGGGUGUUCCUCGUUGUUCCACAGGCAUUUCAGUUCCUUGCUUAUGUUGCCAUAUGGAGAUCCUGCAGUGUGGAGUUUUGUCAAGGCAAGUUGUCAGGGGAUCCAGGCAUCUGGGCCCUUCUCUAUUUCUUCGGACUUUUCACUCAAGCUGAAGUAUAUAAUAGGAAGGAGGAAUGUUGUAGCUCCAACCUACUAUCACGGCCACUGCCUCAACCAUGCUCUGACAACGUCUCUGUCAACCAACACUAUUACCUCAAUGCUUUCUGUGACCAAGUGAACAUCAGCGACGACUACUUCCUUGAGCAAGUCGGCGUCGUUUGCUACCUCAACCUCGCCAAGUUCCGCCUCAACUACGGCACCCACCGGCCACCGCCACCUUGGCGAAGUCAUGAAGCACCAAGUACCAUGGGAUCCCUUUGGUUUCCACAUUGAGUCGGCUUGAGUGCAAGCCGAAAUUUAAGGAAGAGGGAAUGUCAGUGGCCUCACUCUCUGUAGCUGGGCCGUACAGAAGGGCGCCUCUUGGGCCCGGGCCUGCCAGCAAACUACUACAUGAGAUGAGUACAAAUAGAACAGAAAGGCAUCUGAAGACGGGGACAAACGGAAGGGCUUCGGCCUCAGCUUGGCGUGGUGUCGUCUUCUCCGCUUUCCCGUUCCUGUACUGCUCGUCUUCCUCCCCUAUCCCCUCCAUGAAUUCCAUUAGUUAGCUUCCAAUUCCUCCAUCAAUGGCUUGCAACCUUUGAAUCAUAGCUGGAUUGUUAACAUUUACCCUGAUUCUUCAGUUCAGUUAAGUUGAGACACCCAAUUCCUCUGUCCCUCAUCUGAAAUCUCUUCUUCAGUUAAGUUGAGACACCCAAUUCAUCUGUCCCUCUUCUUAAAUCUCUUCUUCAGUUAAGUUGAGACACCCAAUUCCUCUGUCCCUCAUCUGAAAUCAAUUCUUCAGUUAGCUUGAGACAGAGUUGUUUGCUUCCCCCGUCCCGCAACGGCAGCCGCAACAUCAGGUUCAACAGUAUCAUCAGUUUCGCAUAAUUUCUUGAAAAAAAAAAUCUGUUGCCAUUUCCUCAAUCUGCUUCUUUUCCUGAACCAAGUUCCCCUCUGCAUCUUUUCGUUUCCCUGAUCUUAUUUUUCCUCUGUCGACAUGCGGCUUUUCGUUGAAAAUACAUAUGGUGAUUUGUUCCCCCUCUCUGAUAGUAGUGACUCGAGCGCGUUGGCGCCAUAGCAUCUUCUCUUCUCUGUACAGAUAUUCAUCCAACUCAUUUGAGCUCUGAAUCAGACUUGUGCCUUAGCUUCUGAGUUCUGAACUCUGAACCAGGUUUUUUUUUCUACUUCAGUUCAGUUUAGUUGGGACACCCAAUUCCUCUGCUCCUCGUCUGAACUUUCUUCUUCAGUUAACUUGAGACAGAGACCGAUAGAGAUCGAAUUUCCCGCAGCGGCAACCGCAACCGCUACCGCAGCCGCCUCUGAAGGAAAGAGGGCUUGCUGAGCCUCCCCUGUUGUGGCGUCUCCCCUGUUCCUCCCUUCAAAUACCCCCCCUCCCGCCCCAACCAA